UUCAGUUGGUGUCUCUUGUAAUCUCUCUUGGUUAUACUUUGGUCUUAAGCGGCGUGUGUGGUUGUAUGGUCUCAAGUGUCGUGCAUGCAUUUCAUGCGUUUCUUUCCUCCUCUCCUUGCAUGCUCCCUCCUCUUCUCUCUAUUUUAUCUCUGACCCAUAAUUUUAAUUUUACAUCGCAUAAUUAAAAACAAAAAAAAAACCCCAAAACCUCGUAGCCUCCUUCUCCUCGCCGUUAUACUCCCCUCUGUUCUUGCAAUCCGCCGUCCUCUUCUACUUCUCGCGGGUUCUAAGAUUUUCCGAUUGUGAUUUUUGAUAAAAUCUGGUGGUGGGUCGUCGAAAGGUUGAGACUUUAAAGAUGUUCCAAGUCAACACUGGGUCAAAGAUGUGCAUGAACGCAUCGUGCGGCUCGACUUCUACUGUGGAAUGGAAGAGAGGUUGGCCUCUUCGAUCUGGUGCUCUCGCUGAUCUCUGUUUUCGUUGCGGAUCGGCUUAUGAGAGUUCUGUUUUCUGUGAGACAUUCCAUUCGGACCAAUCUGGUUGGAGGGAAUGCUAUUUGUGCAACAAGAGGCUUCAUUGUGGAUGCAUUGCAUCUAAGCUUGUUAUCGAGUUUAUGGACUACGGUGGUGUUGGUUGUGCUACUUGUACUAGCUGCCAUCAACCCAACUUGAGAGGUGAGAGUUCAGGUCUGUUUAGCAGUUUGCCCAUGAACAACAGGCAACAUACUAAUGGAGAAAUCGGAAUGAGUGUUGACGGAGUAAUAAGAAGCCAAGCUGAUCUCUUUUCUCAGCCACUAGUCCAGGGAGAUGACAAAAGAGAAGAGUUCAUGCCUCAACGUGGGUUUGGUAAUCUCAUGAAACCAGAUAAUGCCACCACCAACGUGAAUAGGCUGGACGCUGGGAAAACGCAUGAAUCAUCAUCAACACCUUCUUCACAGCCAUCUUUGGCAACACUUCCUUAUAGCCUUUCUUUUGCAAAUGCUGCUUCCCAGUCUCACACUCUCCAACGCUCUACCUCUGGUAUACUGCAAAAGCCUUCAAAAUCUGUGCUUGGAACUCCUCCUGGGACUAUUAGCAAAUCUGCUCAGCCCCGGAUCGGUAGGCCUCCUGUUGAAGGCCGUGGGAAAAGCCAUUUGCUUCCUCGGUAUUGGCCAAAGUAUACUGAUAAAGAGCUUCAGCAAAUCUCCGGAAAUUUGAAUUUAAACAUUGUGCCUCUUUUUGAGAAAACUCUAAGUGCAAGUGAUGCCGGUCGCAUUGGUCGUCUAGUUCUUCCAAAAGCCUGUGCAGAGGCGUAUUUUCCUCCUAUAAGUCAAUCAGAAGGCAUUCCUUUGAAAAUACAAGAUGUGAGGGGUACGGAGUGGACGUUCCAGUUCAGAUUCUGGCCUAAUAACAACAGUAGAAUGUAUGUCUUAGAAGGUGUCACCGCCUGCGUACAGUCCAUGAUGCUACAGGCUGGUGAUACAGUAACAUUCAGUAGGGUUGAUCCUGGUGGCAAACUAAUCAUGGGUUUCAGGAAGGCAACUCAUACUGGAGACAUACUGGGGUCUGGUGGUCUUACCAACGGUGCUUCAAACGAGGACACAUCAUCUUCUGGUGUUACAGAGACCCCAACCUCCAUAAACGCUUCAUCGUGUCCCUCGCAAACUCCUCCUGAAGAACUGAAAGGUCUGCCUGAGCGUUUGAGCUCGAAGAAGAGUGAGAUGAACGGAGGAAAGAGCUGUGAUGAUGAUGAUGAUCCGUCACGGGUGAAAGUCAAGAAGAGGACUCGAACUGUGGGAGCAAAAAGCAAGAGACUGCUUUGGGAUAGUGAGGAGUCUAAGGAGGUUAGAAUCACAUGGGAAGAAACUCAGGAGUUGAUUCGUCCUUCUCCUAGUGAAGAGCCUUCCAUCGUCCUCAUUGAGGAGCAUGAGUUUGAAGAGUUUGACGAACCUCCCGUCUUUGGAAAGAGGACGAUAAUUACUUCAAGACCUUCAGGUGAACAAGAACGAUGGGCAUCUUGUGACGACUGCUCUAAAUGGAGAAGGUUACCUUUAGACGCUCUUCUCUCUGCAAAGUGGACUUGUUCAGACAAUGUUUGGGACCAGAGCAGGUGUUCGUGUUCUGCACCGGAGGAGAGUGUGAAGGAGCUUGAGAAUGUUCUUAGAGUGGGGAAAGAGUACAAGAAGAGAAGAACAGGGGGGAGCCAGACAGGAAGAACUGAGGAAGAGCCGUCGGGUCUGGAUGCACUAGCGAGUGCAGCAGCCUUGGGAGAGGCAGAGGCGGCGACGACGACCAGACAUCCAAGGCACAGGGUUGGAUGCUCAUGCAUUGUGUGCAUUCAGCCGCCAAGUGGGACAGGGAGGCACAAGCCGAACUGCAUGUGCACGGUGUGCAGCACAGUGAAGAGGAGGUUCAAAACGCAGAUGAUGAGGAGGAAGAAGAGGCAGUUGGAGCGAGAGGAAGCAGCAGCAGAAGCAGCAGCAGCGGAGGAGGAGAAGAAGGGGGAGGGUAAAGCAGGGAGGAUAGAUCUGAACAGUGAUCCUUCUAAAAGAGAAGAGGUUGGAGCUGUAAGAAAAGAGGAGAGUGAAAAAAGAGAAGGAGUGGCACAGGCGGGUGAUGUUGUAGGAGGAACGGAGUUAGAAGGAGAGGGUGAGAAAAUCGGUGAAGAGUCGAAAGGUGCAAGCUGAUAUGAUAUGGAAGAGGACAAAGAAGCUAAGCUCAUAGGCCAUAGUUGUUUUUAUAUAAACAUAUAUAUAUAUAUAUUCUAUAAGAACACCAAGAUAAGAAGACAGAGAGAGAGAGAGAGAGGUACAGUUUUAUGUUUGCUUCUGAAUCAAGAGAACAAGAAUGGCCA